GUUGAAUAUCUAUCUAUCAUUUUACUAAUCCAAUAAUAACACUCUCCAAGGCUUUAGAACAUGACAGUACCUGCAUAAUAACACGGAUAGGAUAGGUCAUCAGGAUGUUCUCAUUGGAGCUCAUAUCUAUCCUUAUUCAAUGAAUAAGUACAAGGAUAGCGACUGGCAUGACAAUCGCUCAAGUCUUUGGAGUUAUUUGAAGCUCUUCUAACCGGAGAAUGAAGUCGAAGCUUAGUCCAAAGCACUGACUGGCCCACAUAAUUCAAAGAGAGUGGAAAAUAUGAUAACGAUAGAUUGCUCGGUGCAUAAAGCUUGGGACUCAAAUUUGGUUGCUCUUGAAUACAAAGAAACCUCCGCUGAUCAACAAUCAAUGACGCUUAUAUUUCAUUGGCUUAAGAAGGAUGACUCACGCAAGCGUUUGCCUACAACCUGGAUUGAAAGCGUGACGAACAAGCCGGAUUUCCCUGCAACAUACUCUCCUUUUACCUUCACCGGCUCCAAAUUCUAUAAUAUUAGGGCCGACACCCCCAUCAAAUCUGGAGAUCCUAUCACGUUAAUGAAACUUGAUCCAGUACGCUGUCCUCUUCCAAGCAAGCAUCUUCUACGAUUGCAGCCAUGUCAGGUGCAGCCGGAUUUAAUGUCUAUUACCAGCGUCAAGAAGAUGAUGAUGACGACGACGAUUAUUACUGGCGAUGAUUUCAAUGAUGUGGUAGUUAGUUACCUAGUUGCUUAGGAAGGAUAUCAACAAUGAAACUCUCACCGGAUACACUAAUUUGACAAAAUUUUUGAAUAUAGUAAAUUUAUACUUCUUGGUGGACCGCUCGCAGAUACAUGUAAU